GCCACCACCAACUUCCCCGUUUAGCACGAGUCUAUUGAAGAAGGAGCUCUCUCCCCGCAACAAGGGUGGCCUGAAACUCCCUCGCUACUCGUUUAAGCCACCGGAGCCUGGCUGUGGUCCCAAGAGGGCAAAGAUGGGCGUCGACGUAAAGGUGUUCUUGGGAUGGGGCUUUGUCCUUUUCCUGCUUCUGGCGAGUUCAUCGUCAUCUGGAGCUGAGACCUCCCGCUACUGCUAUGGAAUACCAGGCAUGCCCGGUGUGCCAGGUGUUUCGGGAAAGGAUGGCAGAGAUGGCCAGAAAGGAGCCAAGGGAGAGCCAGGCAAACCAGCUGUUCACGGAAGCCAAGGUCCCCGGGGGGAGUCAGGAGAGCCAGGUCAGCCAGGGAUACCUGGGAAAAACGGGCCCAGGGGUCCCCCAGGUGAACCCGGGGAUCUUGGCCUGAAGGGGUUGGUGGGUGAACCGGGGGAGACCGGCAGCUACAAGCGGAACCAUCAGUCGGCCUUCACGGUGAUGCGGCAGACGAGCCAGUACCCCGAGAAGAACGCCCCCGUGGUCUUCAACAAAGCCAUCACCAACACCAACGGAGACUUCGACACCGGCACCGGCAAGUUUACCUGCCGCAUCUCCGGCCUCUACUUCUUCACCUUCCACACCUCCCACACCGCCAACCUCUGCGUGAACAUGUACCAUAACCGGGAUAAGGUGGCCAGCUUCUGCGACCACAUGGCCAACGCCAAGCAAGUCAGCUCCGGCGGCGUCCUCCUGCAGAUGACGGAGGGACACCAGGUGUGGUUGGCGGUCAACGACUACAACGGCAUGGUGGGCAUCGCUGGUUCCGACAGCGUCUUCUCGGGCUUCUUGCUCUUCCCAGACUAGGUGCGCAGUGAACCCCUGGGCACCCCUGCUUUCCAUGCAACUGAGUCCCUCGCAUCUCUAACCCCCAGCCCCAAUUUCCCCAAAGGGCUCCUCGCUGUUGUAAACGUCAUCAAUAA